AUGGGAAAGUUCUUUCCGCCCUUCACGUUAGCGACCGAAGGUGACUUCAGAGUGAGUAUCGAGCACCCCACUGCGUUUCGCCCCGAGGAAUACGCCGAAUUUCGACCUGACAAAAUGGGCAAGGCGACCUUGUUCCAAUCAUCCCGCUUGCUGGUUGGGCUGAAUUGCUUCGAACCUGGUCAAGAACAUGCCCUUCAUGCCCACGAAGGCAUGGAUAAGGUGUACCAUGUAUUGCAGGGGCGGGGGCUCUUCACGCUGGAAGGCAAAGAGCUGCCGAUGGAGCCGGGCAUGAUGUUGAUUGCCCCCGAAGGCGUUGGAGUCUCGAGGGAGAAAACGAUGCCAGAGAAACUAAUGAACGGACCAAUCGAUCUCUUGGCGAUUCUGGCCAUCGUGGGUACCGUGCUCAAUCUCAUUGCCUUAAUGCAGGGUGUGGCCGUACGGCGUCUUGCAGGGAAAACACUGGUCGACCUGGGCCAAUCGAACAUCGGCAGGGCUUGGGAGUUGGCCGUUGUAAUCAUCUUCCUGGUGCCCGUAGGACUUAUCUUCGCUCAGCCGGCACCGAAAAAAGUUCCCACGCCGAAGUUUGGCGAACAGCGAUUCACCCCCGAGAAAGUUCGCUCGAGUCAGAUCAAAGCCGAUCUCCUAACGCGUGGUUUGACUCAUGGUCUCUUCAUCGUGUCGAUCUUGGCCGCCCACGUGAUGGGUGUUCGCCCGGGGCGCUGCGAAUUUGCCGAGAAGGGCCUAAUCUACGGUGGCUGGCAAUUGCGAACGUGGGACCUGCUGACCUCUUUCUCCUGGAUCGAGGGCCCCCCCACGCGGCUCACCAUGCGAUUUGAUGAGUCUUCCCGUCAGGCAGUUGUGCCGCCCGAGCACACAGCCGCCAUCGAUCAACUGCUUCGUCAGCACAUUGCCGGAGAAGACAGUCUCCAGACGGCCGACACCACAACCCACGCGUUUCCAGCCACUACCGAGUUGCGACUAGAUGGAUCGCCACGAAACCUCGCCCGUCGCGUCUGGUUAGCCUUCCUGGCUUUGAUGGUCACCUCGCUGUGCGUGGCAACCACUCACGCUCAACUUCCCACGGCGAGACUCAUGGCUACACAGCCAGUGGGAGGGCAGCAGGGGACAUCGGUCGAUCUGACGAUUACCUCUUCCGCCGAUUUAGACGGCGCCGAUCGGCUGUGGUUCAACCAUCCCGGGAUUACAGCCACACAGAAAACUCAACAGGUUGAAGGCCAAGAGCAACCCCAACCGGUGGCCAAUGCUUUUACUGUUUCCAUUGCCUCGGAUGUGCCCCCUGGCAACUACGAGAUGAGAGCGGAAGGCACCUACGGUGUUUCCAACCCUCGCACGUUUGUGGUCGGCGAUCGGCCGGAAACUUCUGAGACCGAGCCAAACAACAGUCUCGAGCAAGCGGGCACGGUUGAUAUCGGUUCGGUCGUCAACGGGGUGAUCGGCGCAGCCAACGACAUGGACUGCUUCCGUUUUAAGGCUAGUGCUGGCCAACGCGUUAUCAUCACGGCCUGGGCUGAGAGGAUCGACUCUCGUCUCGAUGCCACGUUGGAACUAUUCGACCCCACCGGCUCGCUCGUACAACUCAAUCGCGACUGGGAUGGUCACGAUGCGUUGCUGGAUUACACACCCGAAGUCGAUGGCGAAUACGUGCUUCGCCUUUACGAUUUUCAAUACACCGGAGGUGCCGAACACUUCUACCGCCUGUGGAUCACCGACGGCCCUUAUGUCGAUAGCAUUGUUCCUCCGAUGGCCGAGCCAGGCACCAAGCAAAGCUUCACGCUCUACGGUCGAAAUCUACCCGGGGGAACAGCCACCGAAUGGGAAACCCCGGGUGGACCGCUCGAAGCAUUGACGGUCGAGUUCGAAGUGCCUGCCGCAUCCGAGAACCCGGAACUGAAUUGGGCCUCGCCCGUGCGACCGGCCGAAGCGGUUUUCGAUGGCGUGGAUUAUCGGCUUACGACGGAGAAGGGCACUUCCAACCCGUUACGGAUCGCUCGGGCCACCGCCCCGGUCGUUCUGGAACAAGAACCGAACUCCGAGGAAGGCACGGCUCAAGCAGUCGAGGCUCCUUGCGAAGUCGCCGGCCAGUUCCAGCAACUGGGCGAUGUGGAUUACUACACGUUUACCGCGACUAAAGGAACGGUGUACCAAAUCGAACUCGUCUCUCAGCGGUUCGGCUUGCCCACUGACCCGCUAUUACUUGUCGAGCAGAUCGUGGUCGACGACAAAGGCAACAUCAAGGUCAAGGACACCAAAGAGGCCGACGACGACGGGACCAAUGUAGGUGCGGCUCACUUUACCAGCACAAGCCACGACCCCGUAUAUCGCUUUCAGGCUCCAGAAGACGGAACCUAUCACAUCGCAGUUCAGGACCUUUAUCGGUCAACCCAGGCAUCGCCUCGAUUGGUGUAUGGACUUGCGAUCCGACCCGAGUCGCCUGAUUUUCGGCUGGUUGUGCAGCCUGAGUAUCCGCUCGAUGGCCGCAACGCUCCCAACCCUUGGACGCCGUUCUUGCGACGCGGCGGCACCGUGCGUUUCGACUGCAUGAUCUUCCGCCGCGACGGCUUCGCAGGUGAAGUGGCACUUUCGGUUCAGGGCCUACCCGAGGGAGUGACCUGUGCCGGCAGUGUGAUCGGCCCCGGGCAGUCAUCAACUCGGCUGAUUCUCUCCGCCGCGGAAGAUGCACCGGUAUGGUCGGGCGAAAUCAAGAUCAUUGGGGCCGCGCGAAUUGGCGAUGUGGAUGUCGUGCGAGAAGCCCGCAACUCAACAGUCGUCUGGGCGGGUACCCCGGCGGUAGUACGGGCGGCCGAACGAAUUGUGCUUUCUGUGGGUGAAACGGCACCGCUUGGCAUGACCGCUGGAGUGGACCGAGUCGAUCUGGUGCAAAGCAGCCAACUGAACAUCCCUCUCCAGAUUGCCCGCCGCGAGGGCUUCACGGCAAAGUUCGUCGUCACCGGAGAUCAACUCCCACCAAAGGUGACCAACGAGAGCGUGAAUGUGGCGGACAAUCAGACAGAGGCUACCGUGCAUCUUUUCGUCGAGCCCGAUGCCCCCACGGGCACCUACACGCUCUUCGUGCAGGGUGCGGGACAAGUGCCAUCGCCCCGAAAGGAUAAAGACGGCAAUCCCGUUCAGGUCAAUGUUGUCGAGGCCUCAACGCCCGUUACGGUGACGAUUGGGCCCAGCCCGUUAACGCUGGAACCCCAAGUACCUGGCAACGGGGCCGUGAAACGCGGAGCGGAACUAAAGAUUCCGGUCAAUGUGAAGCGCCAGAAUGGGUUUGAGGGGCCGGUAACUUUGGGGCUGAAGUUGCCCGCGAGUGUCACCGGCGUAGAAGCUGCGGAAGUGACUGUUGCAGGCGAUCAAACGGCUGGCGAGUUGAUUGUAAAACCGACCGGCGAGGCCACUGUCGGAAAUCAUGCCCACGUGGUGAUCGCUGCCCGAGCGAAGUUCAACGACAAAGAGGUCGAAGUUCAUCAGCGAAUUCCCUUGAACGUCACGGAAUAA